AACGCCCCAUGGCCAUGCGCCCGAGGGAAUCGUGUUUCCCAUCACGUAAUUUCGAGUCGACUGGCCUUGGGACUCCUGAUAUGCUCCAAUCAAGGUUCUCAGCUGAAUGUCAGGCUGAUUCCACCCGAGGCAGCCCGUGCUUGGGGACCUUUCAGACGUGUCGCACGCUGAUGUUGCGACAAUGACGUUGUAGGGAUGUUUUCUCCGUUUUAUUUUCUCGACCCGGUUUCGGGAUAACGCGGCUGGGGACAAAUUAUAGCCCCCCAGAUCGUCACACAGCCGGAUGGAUACCUUAUAUGAGAGCACCACUCCUUUCGACCUCGAUUUCAAUGCGGAGAUGCUUGGAGGAGUAGAAUGUGCGGUUCUGAGCGACUGCAACGAUGUUUGUAGGCGUGAUCGCAGUUCUCUUGGCAUUGCUGGCUUCUGCCUACACUUUCCGUCAAUACGCGUACUUGAACUGGGUUCUUGGCCCCUUUAUAUCGCGCAUCUCGUCGUGGUGGCACCUCUACCUGCGUACCUCGCCUCAUGACGGUCGCAAACUCUCAGAGCUUCAUGCGAGAUAUGGAAGAAUCGUCCGUCUAGGACCAGACCGGAUCAGUGUCUCGGAUCCGGACAUCAUUGCUCAGCUAUACCAGUUUCAGAUCGAUCGUCUUAGGGUAUCUCAAUCGCAGGAUGCUGAUGCUUUGGCAUAUGGUGAACGCGAUAUCCAAACGCCAACCAGCCAGUGGGCGAGAUUCCUGGAAUACGAGGGUAUCAACGAUAGCUCAACAAAUGAGCUCCUCGACGCACUCAGAAGACAUCGAAGUAUCGAGCUGGUAGCUUGUUUCAGGAUAUUCGCCGCAAAGCUCAUUAAUAAAUGCAUCCGCGACUCAGCGUCAAACACGACUCAGAUACAGACACAAGCAACAAACGCCCUCUCGCUUCCCAUCAAACCGUCCAUAAUAGAAUACAUACUCUUCCAGAGCCCUGUAUCAUCACUGAAAAGGUACCGAGGUCGGCAGCUUACACAUUGUUCUAUGCUGCCCGUCCAUGCCCUCACGACACCUGCUGGCCUCCACAAACCAAACCCGGACAGCUUCAACAUCCUUAACGGCAAUACCCUGACGAGCGACGAGCUUACAGCCGAAACCGAAUCCCUCAUCACAGCCUUUGCCUCCGUCUUUCCAUAUCUGCUCCAACACCCCGAGAAGCUGACUACUCUUCGAAACGAGAUCAAUUCGGCCUACAAUACCGGGUCAAUCUCCUCCACCCCACGCUGGAGGGAACUAUCACGCCUCCCCUACCUCUGCGCCGUGAUGAAAGAGUCGAUGCGCCUAACCUGCACCUCGACCAGUGAAAAGGAGUUCCCAGCCUCAGCGCUCUCGGAUCAUCUACGAUCGGAAUCCAUCUUUCCGAGUGGUACGAUCAUCAGCUGCAACGCCUACGUCGCACAUUUCAACAACACGAUCUACGGGGGCGACGUACAUGCGUUCCGCCCGGAGCGAUGGCUCACUCCUAGCGUGCCGCAGCGGAAGCUCAUGGAUCGAACCAUGCUCCUCUUUCAUCCGGAUCUACACACCAAUCCAGAGCUCCGCGCCGCCUGGCUGGAAUUGAAGAAGGUGGUUGUUCAGAUUUUGCUCAACUUCAACAUCCAAACCCUCCUAGCCGAUCAUCAUGCAGGACAAACGUCGAACUUUUCGCCGGUUUCUACAAUAGUUACUACGACUCCCAGGAUGCCGGAGGUCUGACAGCAUACAAACCCGACCACACAAGCUCUUCAGCCUCGGCUUUCAUUGGAUCAUCUAGCAAAUCUUUCAUAAGCACCUUGCUCCCACAAUGCCUCACCACGGCUGCUAUUUCUCCUUCGACCUGUUCAUGCCCAACAAGAUAUCCC